AUGUGUCGACGUUUGACUAAUUUUCUUUUUAAUAAUAUUGAUGUGUUUUUAUGGAAGCGGCGGUGUGUUUUGUUUGGUAUCGUUAUUGUUGCAACAGUAGCUUGGUUUUUGUAUGAGCGGUCUGGACUACCAUUCUUAACAGUUUGUUCAGAUGCAUUGCUGCUUGUAACUGUAUUGUUUUUCCGAGCCAACUUUGUUGCUUUCAGAAAUAAGCAAUUGCAUUCACUACCAAAAUUAGUUUUGUAUGAGGAGAUGGUUCAUAAUGUUGCGGCUUCUUUCCGCAUUAAAAUUAAUAGUGUGAUUCUUAUGGCUCAUGACAUCACUAUUGGAAAGGAUUCUAGACUCUUCUUCAAGGUCAGUAUUCAAGACUGAUUUAACUUGAGGGGAUAAUAUAACUUCUUAAUUUUGCAUUGUGGCAUCAUGCAAGUCAUUUGGUGAAGGUCUCCAGAGGUUAUCAAAGAUCUCAAAGCAACCCAAAAGAAAGGUCAAUACAAUCAGAUAAACAAGUAAAGAAAAGACUGUCUUUAUCUAAUAGUGGUUAGUUCUCUUAAUCUUUUUCUAAAUUGAUCCUAGUUCUCAAAAUUUCUUAUUAAUGAGUAGGCUUUAUGUGUAAAAGUUGUUAAUGAAGAUUUUUGUUUGUCUUCACAAGUUAGUUGCAUGCCAAAAGGUUUAUGUUUUUGCAGCAUAGGUAAAAAAUUGUGUAAUCAAGCAAGAUAGAUCUACAGUGUGAUUGUUUUUUUCAUUGUUGAUAAAUAUUCCAUGUUAGUCUGCAAAAUUCGAUUGAACACGAGAAACUCCAGGACGACGAUAAAGAUAAUGAGGGCAAAACAGCUAACGACAUUGAAAAUUAAGGUACUUUAUUUUCUUUCUUCAAGAUCUAGUUCUCUCAAUUUUUCAUUUUUUGAUCCCUAAUUCUGCUUUCAAAUUUGAAGUGUUCGUUAGUAAAGUGGCCGCCUCAAAUGACCGAUCCAAUUGGAAAUGCAAAUAGGGGUAUUGUUACGCUUGCAUUGACUGUUCUUACAGGCUAUCAAGCUAUACUUAUUGUUUGGUCUAUGAGAGUUGGCAAAUACGAGUAU